CAAUGCGCACCCACAAGUGAAAAUACACGUGACACUCACUGCGGUUCCACGCUUUUUUACUUCUUAUAAUCUUCCUAUAGUUUUUGGAUUAAACUGUACAUUUACUUAUUGCUGCCUAUUAAAGCAGACGGAAGGAGGUCGGUUUCACUGUCGUAACACAAAUCUUCACGUGAGAUGGAAUUUGGGCUUUCUCAACGUUAGGUUAGGCAUUUUUGUACACAGGUGAUUAUGCGUGUUAUGAAUAAGAAAGCACUGGCAGUUUUGCUGGUGGUAUUCCCGCUCACAGUCAUACUGAUUUACCACUGGAACUCAGGGUCCAUCGCUACAAUUGACAUACGGGGACGAGACACUUUAAAGAAGCUACUGGAUGAGAGGAUACGACAGAUGAAAUAUGAAAAUGACAAUAUUCCUUAUCGCAUCAAAGAAAACAUCUUAAGAACCCUUGCCAUUAAUGGAUGUGUUUGUGAAAGCGACAGAUCCCCCAUUCAUUUCCCCUUUGCUCAGCAAUUGUUUCCUCAAGUAUCAGCUACUCGGCUAAAUACAAUGUUACAAGGCGCAGACCUGCAAAGAGCAAAACAAUACAGGAAUAAGGAGUACCACAGUUUCCUUAAGAGGACCUUCACUGCUGCAGACUCGCUUAUCUUAGCUGAUGCCAACAACCCUCUCCAGUACCCUACUCAGGGUGUGGAAGUCAGACCAACCAGGACCAUUCUAAUACCCGGUUUGAGUCUAAAUGUAAAAUCCGAAGGGAGACAUCAUUUGGUAGAUCUAACAGCUACGAUGGGAACAUUUGAUACGGCAGUGCUGGUGGAUGGAGUGCAGAUCAGUGGAGAAGGAGAGAUGCACAUUAGUUUUGUGAGCGAAUCACUGGCCUUGCUAAACAGACAGCUGCAGUUUGUCACCUACACAAACACACAGUUCCACCCCAACACAGCAGAUGUAGUUCAAUUUAAAACAACUGGAUUCCAAGCAUUGUUCACUAUUAAGAUCAGACAUCCACCGAUGCCUAAAUUCUACAGCCCUGGACCCAAAAGAGACUACAAUGUCAGCACUCUCGUCACCAUUGCCACAAAAACAUUUCUACGCUAUGAUAAACUUCAAGACUUGAUCGACAGCAUUCGAGAGUUUUACCCCACUGUAACUAUAGUGAUAGCUGAUGACACCAAGGAUCCAAAACCAGUAAAAGGCCCUUACAUUGAACAUUAUCUCAUGCCUUUUGGGAAGGGCUGGUUUGCUGGCCGCAACCUGGCAGUCUCUCAGGUGACGACCAAAUACGUGCUUUGGGUGGAUGAUGACUUUAUUUUCACCUCAAACACCAAACUUGAAAAGAUGGUGGAUAUUUUGGAAAGAACCACUUUGGACCUGGUGGGAGGUGGGGUCAGGGAAGUGACGGGAUACACUGCCACCUAUCGACACAUCGUAUCCACGGAUGCAGGUGAUGAGGAGGGAGAUUGCUUACACAUAAGGAACGGAUACCAUCAUGUUAUCGAGGGAUUUCCAAAUUGUGUGGUUGCAGAUGCUGUCAUUAAUUUCUUCAUGGCUCGUACAGAGAAGAUACGAAGAGUGGCCUUUGACCCACGUCUAGCUCGGGUUGGUCAUUUAGCAUUUUUUAUUGAUGGGCUUGGCACUCUUCACGGGGGCUCGUGUGAUGAUGUCAUCAUCAAUCACGCAUCGAAGAUUAAGGGAAUGUUACCAUGGGGACAGUCUGAGACUGACAAAGCCUACUCUGCGUUCCGCUAUCCCGCCAAAAAAGAGAAAGAUGUCAAUGAAUAUGAUCUUUACUAUCUGAAGAACCAUUUUAAAUGUGUCACUAGUGACUAGACAACAUCUGCAUGCAUGGCAGCCACUCAGGGAUAUAUUCUGCCAGAACGAGGGAAUGGCAGAGAACAAGUCGACAUGUCCUGUAAAAUAAUAUCUGUGGAAAAUAUAUUUUAAAAAAGCUCGAUUCUAACAAAGACAACAACAAACAAAGGGAAAAUAUAUCAAAUAAUGCCAAUACACAUGUCAACAGAACAGUUUAGAUCCUGGUUAUUUAUAAAUUGUAGUAUUUCCGUUUCACUCCACAAGCUAGUGGACCAUUUCUAAUUUUUUACAGAGAAUACUUGAUUUUUUUUUUAAUUGAUUUGUACUUAUUUAGGGUAAUUGGUUGAUUUGUGUGUUUCAUUUAGAAAAAUUCUGUAUUAAGUUUUAUAUCUGGGGGGGUUGGUAAUGGUAGGCUGUCAAAGCAAAACUUCCACCUUCCACUUCCACCAAAAAGCCACCUCAGCUACAAAUGUCAAAAUAGUAAAGUAUGUUAGUGUUUGUUGAUGAAUAAAACUUUAUAUUUUUAUAAAAGAUUUAGAACUGUUUGUACACAUGAUGCGUACCUUGCUGAUUAAAGUGUGAUGCUUGACGUGUGCGGAAAAUAACCUUGGUUGUUUGUUGCUUUUCUUUGUAGCUUUUUAGAAGUGUGCCAUCUAAUUUCACAACAUAUGCCACCCAUAUGCAGUGUGUUUCACAAUUGUAUAACUUGACAUGAGAGAAUGCAGAAGUUUGCAAACAUAUUUUGAUAUUGUGUGUAUUUUUACAUUUUUUUUCCAUUUUUUAUGUUCCGAGAUUUUGCCAACCACUCCACUCUUUCCUGCGCUGUUCAAACUGAUCAAUAAAGUGUUGUUGCAGUA